AUGAUAAUAAUUAUGAUAUUGUCUACCCUAACCCAAUUCGGACUCUCUCUCAGCCACAAUCUCUGCAAUUUUCACCAACAAGUCAGUGGAGCAGGUGCUCUCCGUCCCCCAUUAGGUCUCCGAGCAGGUCCUUUUUGUGGAGGUUGUGCAGCUGGUACUUUGGGCACCCGAUUAGGCCUCAAAGUAGGUGCUUUGGGCACCAAAUUAGGUUUCGGAGCAGGUGCGUCCACCAGAGGUUUCGGAGGCGGUGCUUUUGGACGAGGUUUUGAGGAGGGAGCUGAUGCCGCCUUAAUCUUUGGAGGUGGAGGUGGCAGCGGUGCUUUCGCUAGAGGUACUGGAGCUAGUGCUUUCCCCAGAGGUUUUGGCGAGGGAGCUGGUGCCUCCUCCGGUGCGCCCUCCUCCUUGUCUGACGGUCGUGGUGGAGGCGAUGCCUUCUUCUUUUGA